GCAGCGCUGCAUGAACUCGAACCACCUCAUAUGUUCCAAGCGGAUCGGCGCGCCGAUUUCUGAGUGCAUAUCCUACAUGACGUCAAUGCUCUAUAAUUUGACUACGGCACCAGUUCAAUUCAGUGUUGUUGACAGCGGCGAAUGGCGAGCAACUUUCUGUCGUAGAUGACUUGUAAGAAACAGAAGCCUGCUGCGGAAAGCAAGUUCAACUUUUAGACUGUGUAACCACGGACGGAUACACCAUGGCUGUGAUAACGUGUCGAGUGCAGUACCUGGAGGAUUCAGACCCGUUUGUGUGCUCGAACUUCCCCGAGCCCCGCAGACCUCCUCAGUAUGACUUCAACGAGCAUCAGCCGCUGCACGAGCAGGUCGCCGGUGUUCACAAACUGCUCGCGGCGCCGCUGAAGUUAGAGGAGUGUGCAUUACAGUUGGCUCCUAAUGGAAACUACCUGGAUCUGGAAUCAUCACUGGAGGAACAGAGAGAUGAUCUGGAGCAGCUCUAUGAUGACGUGGCCAAAGGCAAAAAGCCCAUCCUGAUCCUCCGUACGCAGCUCUCAGUGAAGGUUCAUUCCAUUCUGGAAAAAUUGUACAACUCUCAUGGUCCUGAGCUUCGGAGGUCCUUGUUUUCUUUAAAGCAGCUUUUUCAGGAUGAUAAGGACCUGGUUCCAGAGUUUGUUAACUCUGAAGGUUUGACCUGUUUCAUUAAAGUUGGUGCUGAGGCAGAUCAUAACUACCAGAACUACAUCCUCAGAGCUCUCAGUCAGAUCAUGCUGUUUGUGGAUGGAAUGAACGGUGUAAUAAACCACAACGAGACUGUACAGUGGCUGUACACAUUGAGUGGCAGCCUGUCCCGGUUGGUUGUGAAGACUGCACUGAAGUUGCUGAUAGUGUUUGUGGAAUACACCGAGUCGAACAGUCCUCUGUUUAUUCAAGCUGUCAACAUUGUGGAUGGGAAGAGAGGUGUGAAGCCCUGGAUGUACCUGACAGAUAUUCUGUCUGGUAAGAAUGGAUCCGACACAGAGCUGCUCAUCUACACCAUGACCCUAAUCAACAAGACUCUAGCUGCUCUUCCCGAUCAGGACUCAUUUUAUGAUGUAACAGACUGUUUUGAGAAGCUGGGAAUGGAAGCAAUUGUCCAAAAACACAUAACCAGCAGUGGCAUCGAGGCUGAUCUCAAACAACAGUUCACUAUUUAUGAGAAUGCCCUCAAGUGUGAGGAUGGAGAGACUGAUGAAGGGGUAGCGAACGUCCGAAAGGACAGAAGAAAACUCACACCCAGCGAGCAGGAGGGCAGAAGGAGUCGGCGAUCUUCUUCUAACAAUCUUUCAGAUGGAGGCAUUUCCUCCUUUCGGCCCAACUCUCCUACUGUAUUCAGCCCUUCUCAGAGUCCUACUGCAGAGGUAACCCGCACUGCCUCUCCUCAGCUGUCAGAUUCUUCUCAAUCUCCUGUACCUGGCAGUCCAGACCUGAGCAGUCCCUCUUCUAUACCCUAUGACUCCCCCACUACACCUCUUCCACUGCUGCCAAAUGGAACUGAGUCCGCUGCAUCUGAGCAAGAACAAAACCUGGCGCGCUCUUUUAUGAGUCACUACAUGUCUCACAUGGGGAUUUCUAGAAGGAGGUUAAAAAAGGCGAGGUCUAUAACAGAGGAAACUUCAAGCAUCUCCAACAGAGGUUCCUUCUCAGAGACGGACUCUCCUGUGGAGAAACCUUCCCUGACGACAGCAGAGCAGCCCAGCCGAACGGAGGGAAAGACAUUCAGACAGCAUCAGGCAGACAGUGUUUGUGCAGAAAAUGUGAAUAGAGAUUUGCCAGUUCUAAAGAAAUAUGCAGACACAUUCUUGCGCAGUUUGGCUGCGUCCCAGUUUGAGAAGAAAGGGAAGUCAUCAUUGGCCACCCAAGAGAAAGUCAGUGAGAGUGUGCCAUCCACAGACCCCGAGACCCCGUCUACUGAAGCUGAGGAGCAGACUACAGUCUACAGCUCAACAAUUGCAGGAUCUAUUAGUGGUCAGGAGAGCCAUUCUCAAGGGACAAACUUGACCAGACACACCCUGGAGCAGCCAGGAAACACAACAACAGCCCAUAAUGAAGCAGAGGGAGGUGUGCAGCGUCAGGACAGUGCAACAGAACAGCACAGCACCCUAUCUAAUGACAGGAAAUUCAUGUUGGACAUGCUCUACUCCAAAAACAACACCAGCUCUGGUGGUCGAAAAAGUCCAAGUCUUGAAAGCGCUCUAGAGGACCAUGGCAUCACCAGUAUGGCUGGACGGCUCUCCAGGCUGCAGGCUUCCACCUCUCAGUCCACAGAGGACACGUCCAAGCGGGCGGAGUUGGAGAGCCUUGAGGGUAGCGCCCAGACGGCUCGAGCCAGACUUGCUGAGGAAAAGAUGCUUAAGAAGAUACGUCCACAGUACAGCAUUGACGCAGAGAUGCAUGCACAGAGUUUGGAGAAGACAAUGAUGACACCGUUAUCCAGGGGUUGUCAGGAUGCCUGGGAGCACCUGCAGCCCAGCUCCAAGCCUCUGCGUAUUAAAGAUCUUGACUUCUCUGAUUUAAAGGAAGAGGAGGAUAUUGACGUGCUGGAUAUAGACACUUUUGACACUCCUUUGUCUAACGGAAUACCACCGCCUCCUCCCCCAAUGCCAGGGCUUGGCUCUGCCAUCCCACCUCCCCCUCCUCCUCCUGGGCCUUUUGGAAUGGCUCCACCGCCUCCUCCUCCUCCGCCACCUCCUGGAUUUUUGAGCGUUCCCCCUCCUCCUCCUGGACUGGCUCCUCCGUCUCAGGGGAUCGAUCCAGCUUUUUUAAAGAAACGGAAAACAGUUAAGCUGUUCUGGAAGGAGCUCAAGCAGCCCGACGGCCCCAGGAAGUGCAAGUUUGGGCGGGGCACAGUCUGGGCAUCGCUUGAUAAGGUUACAGUUGAUACAGCCAAGCUGGAGCACCUGUUUGAGUCCAAGGGAAAGGACUUACCUGUAGCAAAGAAAAGUCCAGAGGCGAAGAAGGGAGCCAUUUUAGUCCUUGAUCCUAAGAGAAGCAAUGCCAUCAACAUUGGCAUGACCGUUUUACCUGCUAUACAUGUCAUUAAGACUGCCAUCCUCAACUUUGAUGAGUUUGCCAUCAGUAAAGAAGGGAUUGAGAAAAUCCUGACUAUGAUUCCAACGGAUGAAGAGAAGCAGAAGAUUCAAGAAGCACAGCUGGCAAACCCUGAUGUGCCUCUUGGUACAGCAGAGCAGUUUCUGCUCACCCUCUCAUCCAUCAGUGGCCUUACAGCGCGAUUACAGCUUUGGGCCUUUAAACUAAACUAUGAGACUAUGGAGAAGGAGAUUGCAGAGCCUCUUUUCGACUUGAAACUGGGUAUGGAACAACUUGCCAAGAACAAAACCUUCAAGUGUAUCCUAGCAACACUAUUGGCCAUUGGCAACUUUCUCAAUAGCUCAAAUGCUAAGGGUUUUGAGCUCAGCUAUCUGGAGAAGGUAACUGAGGUGAAAGACACUGUUCACAGACAGUCUCUGCUUCAUCAUUCCUGCAAUUUUGUGGUGGAUAACCACCCAGAUACAACAGAUCUCUAUUCUGAGAUCCCUGCCAUCACACGGUCUGCCAAAGUGGAGUUUGAGCAAUUGUCUGAAAACCUGGUACAGCUGGAGAAAAAAUGCAAAGCGUGUUGGGACAACCUCAAAGUUGUGGCCAAGCACGAGACUAAAGCUCUCCUGAAGAACAAGAUGACGGAAUUUCUGAAAGACUGUACUGAGAGGAUUAUCAUACUGAAAGUUGUGCAUAGACGCAUUAUUAACAGGUUUCAUUCCUUCCUGCUGUACCUGGGUCAACCCUCCUACUCGGUGCGGGACAUAAAAGUAACUCAGUUUUGUAGGAUCAUUAGCGAGUUUGCGCUGGAGUACCGCACCAGCAGAGAGAGAGUCCUCACCCAGAAAAGCAAACGAGCGGCCCACCGGGAGCGCACCAAAACCCGGGGCAAGCUCAUCACAGAGACAGAGAAGUUUUCUGGAGCAGUACCAGCUAUGUCUCAGGACAGCCCAUCUCCUGUUUGCUUAGUAACAGAACCAGAGCCAGCCCAAGAGGAGCAUGAAAACAUGAAGAACUUGCUCAUUGCCAAUGAUGACCCUAGCAAGCUGCGCAGGAGCCGGGCUGUCAGAAAGAUAUUGACUUCUGGUGUUGUCACUCCUCCCAUAUCACCAACUCUUCAGGGUGAUGAUGAAGAGGAGUCUUAUGACUCUGACAGUGCUCCUACUUCACCGGACUUUUAUGACGAAGGUUUAGGCAGGAUUAGUACACACAUGUCUUUGGCUAAAGAGGACAGUGCCAGCUCACAAGAUGAUGCCACAGAUGAGAUCAUGGAUCGUCUGGUAAUGUCCGUCACCCAGAAUCCUACUGAGAGGGCGUCUAGCCCCAAAACACGGAAACGCUCACGGCUCAACAGAAAGUCAUUGCGAAGGACUCUGAAAAGUGGGCUGAGUGUGGAUGUGGUGCAAGCCCUUGGCCUCAGCAAUCCUAAUGGGAAAGUCUGAAUAUGGCAGCUAUUAUCUGGAGACACUUUGAGGGCAGCGAUAAGGCUAUACAGAGACCCGCUUUAAUGACAACAGGAUCCGUACUGAGGACAAUUUCAGGACUGCAACCAAAUGUUUGUCUACCAGUCUGUACAGUUCAGUGGAUGAAUCAUGUACAGUCACAGUUGUUUUUUGUUUGCAUCAGAAACACACACAGCUGCAUUAAAACUGCAUUACUGUAUUGAUAAAUGCAUCCAUUAGACAUAUCAUGUUUAGAUUGGUACAAUAUUUAAUUACAUAGUAUUAAAUACCAGCCUAAGUUUACUGUUGUAGCACAAAUGCAUAUAUAAAACAGUGAUGCCAGAUGCGAAUUAUUUUUGACCAGAUGCAGGUGAAUGGUUUGUGCAAAACAUCACCUGUAGGAAACAGAUUGGAGCACAAUGUUUCAGUUAAAAUGGGUGUAAGGGAUUGAAGGGAGCGAGAUUAUACAGAGGGCAAUCUUUUAAAACAAGCAUUUUUUAAUGCUUUUUAAAGAUGACGAUUUAAUUCUUGGAUGCCAAAACUGUUCUUAGAUCAGUGCAGUAUGGUAACUCAAAUGCAUUAGAAAAAUGGCACUGUCAAUGAUGACAGUAUUAAAAGCUUUAAAGUAAAGUUUGAUUUGAGUCUACAAGGAAGACCUGUGUGUUUAUAGGUCGUGUUCAACUAUACAUCCUGUCAUCCCAGGCCAUCUGGAUUGGAGAGGACAUAAACUGGGUCCUGUGUUUGUUUUAUUACAUCUCUCUUGAUAGGUUUGUGGAGUGCUGUGAUCUGCUGUAUCAUGUUCCUUUCUUGAUAUUUAUUAAUGUGUCCUGGAGUCAAGAGAAAGGUGCGAGAUGAUGCUCCUCAAUUGUUCUUGUUAUAAUUCACUUAACGUUAAAGUCUGACACGUUCACAAAUCUCUUUAUUUAUACCACUGUCCGUGACUGUUAUAAAAUGUGUGCAAGGGCCACUUUUCAUUCUCAGAAAAGUGUUGUGUUGGUGGUAGAGCACUUUUAUAAAGCAUUAAAAACGAUGUUUUUUCCUGUUACAACCUACAGUACAUAUUUUAAGAUUUGUUUAAAUUGCUUUUUUGCACAUGGAGUAGGAAUUUAGAGUUCUUUAUCACUCCAUUGUUUUAUGUAUGACUGUAUUACCUGAUUUUGCAUGCGUUUACGUGAAGGCAUGCAUUCUUCACCAUGAAUGUAUCACUGUUUGUGUUUUCCAAUGAUUUGCAUUCAUAUCCAUCACCACUCUUGGCACCAGCUCUACAGAAACUUCAAAGAAAUUAUUUGCAAGUACGAUUGAUGUCUUUAUGAUUCAGAAAUUUGACAUGUACAUCCAGAGCCUUGUUCAGAAUUAAAUUAAAUGUUUUAUUAGA